AUGAAUGCCCAGGUGGAAGGAGCCGUGGCACUUGAGGGCAGAAGCCCUAGCAUCCAGGAAAAGUUGGUCAACUCUACUCAGCCCAAGAACUACGUAACCAACGAAAACUACUACUUGUACAAGCAAGACAUUGAGCGACUGGCUGCGAUGGGAGUCAAAUACUACAGCCUUUCGAUCUCGUGGUCCCGAAUCCUACCUGUCGUCCUGCCCGGGUCGCCAGUCAACGAACAGGGCAUUGCGCAUUACAAUGAUUUGAUCACUGCCGUCCUUGAUGCUGGAAUGCAGCCAAUUGUCACUUUACUUCACUUUGACACCCCCUGGCUGUUUGUCUCCACAGAUGACAACUUCACUGCGCAUCCUGAGAUCGGUGCCUACAAUGGCGGCUACUACAAUGAGACUUUUGUCGACGCCUACGUCAACUACGCGAAGAUUGUUCUCUCCCAUUUCGCUGACCGAGUCCCCAUUUGGAUCACCUUCACUGAGCCGUAUUUAUAUUCGUUCAAUUUCGAGGGCGCCAACAACGUGGUGCAUGCGCACGCACAAGUUUACCAUUUCUAUCACGACGAGUUGAACGCAACCGGGAAGAUGGCGAUCAAGCUUAACGAUAACUUCGGAGUUCCUCGUAACCCUAGUGAUGCAGACGAUGUGCAGGCCGCGAAUCGAUUCCAGGAGAUUCAACUAGGAUUAUUUGCCUACCCUAUCUAUCUCGGCCAACAGUACCCAGAUUCUGUUCUUAGCACACUACCAGGCGCCAAGGGGCUCGAUGAACACGAUCUCUCGUACAUAGCCAACACGUCGGACUUCUUCGCUAUCGACGCAUACACGGCUAUUGUUGUUUCCUCACCACCGGGCGGAAUCGACGCUUGUGUCGCCGAUCACUCUGCGAACAACACGCUCUGGCCUCUCUGCGUGAACCAGAGAGAGCAGAAUGCGUUCGGAUGGAAUAUAGGGUAUCGAUCGCAGACCUACACGUACAUUACCCCGACGUAUCUGAGAGAGUUCCUCAAUUAUCUGUGGAACACGUUCCGGCAUCCGAUCGUUGUGUCUGAGUUUGGGUUUCCCGUCUUUGCUGAAGCCGAGAAGGACCUGGCAGAUCAGAGGUUUGACACCCCGCGGAGUAUUUAUUACCUCUCCUUUUUGUCGGAAAUCCUGAAGGCGAUUCACGAGGAUGGUGUCAGUGUAGUUGGGGCUUUGGCUUGGUCGUGGGCGGAUAAUUGGGAGUUUGGCGAUUAUGAUCAACAGUUUGGGAUGCAGGUGGUCAAUCGGACGACCCGGGAGCGAUUCUUUAAGAAAAGCUUCUUUGAUGUCAUUGACUUUGUGAGCGCUCGGAUGGGAUAG